AUGCCCGAGGCAGAAAUUCCAGAGGAGAUGGAUGAGUUUGUUCAGCCCGAGUCGGCACCCCCAACUGUCGACUCCCCAGAGGUGCCCGUUGACCAUGACGCCACCAAGACGGUGUCUUCAGUCUUAGAAACUUUCACCUCGACCAAAAAGGAUGCUUUCGCAGAACUCAUGUCGCAUAAACAGCCCUCUAAAAAACUCAUGAAACCACCUCGAUCUCUCGCCGAAAAAGCUGGCAAAGUAAUUGGUGGCGUCUGGCGAGGGGCACUCGGCCCAUUCAUCGAGCAUCCUGAGAAAUACCCAGACCAAGUGCUACGGGUGACAGAACACACGGUCCUCAUCAAGGAUCGCUAUCCAAAAGCUACAAUUCAUCUCCUGCUUCUGCCUCGUUCAAAAGAGCACAACUUACUUCACCCACACACAGCCAUGGCCGAUCCGGCCUUCUUAAAGAUCAUGAGGGCAGAGGCCGAGACAGCAGCACAGCUAGCUGCGGCUGAGCUGCAGCGAUUGCUGGGGCGGUUCUCUGAAAAGAACAGGUCGAGAAACGAAGCAAUAGAUGCCUGUGUUCCCUUCGAUGAGCUCCCUCCCGGCCGAGAUUACAGGAAAGAUAUCCGUGUGGGCACCCACGCGCAUCCCAGUAUGGCUCAUGUGCAUGUACAUAUCAUCUCGAGGGACAUGCGCUCGGAAAGCUUAAAGCGUGUGAAGCAUUACAACAGCUUCAACACGCCGUUUUUCAUACCGCUGGAGGACUAUCCGCUGGGAGAGGAGGAUGAGAGAUGGAGCACGAGCUAUCAGAAUAACAAUCUGACGGGAGACAUGGUGUGCUGGAGGUGCAAGAAGAACUUUGGGCACAAGUUUGCUGAGUUGAAGAGGCAUUUGGAAGAGGAGUUUGAGGCGUGGAAGAGAGAAUGA